AUGGAGUUUGAACUAUUCAAUGGUUUAAAUCAACGACAGUACGAGGCAGUCACGUUUGACCCUACGAAGGCCCUGCAGAUAGUGGCUGGUCCAGGGACUGGUAAGACGAAAGUGCUCACCACUAGAUAUGCAUACCUAGUUGCCAUUAAAAAGAUCAAUCCGCUGUCCAUAAUCAUGACGACCUUCACGAAGAAGGCGGCAGACGAGAUAAAGGCGCGUGUUGAGCCGAUUCUGCAGCGGUGCGGGUUCGACACGAGCAAGCUGCUGAUCGGGACAUUCCACUCUAUCUGCGCCAAUUUGCUGCACCAGCAUGGCGAGCUGAUUGGUCUUCCGAGCAGCUGGAGAGUGUUUUCGCCAGCGGAAACGGACCCCAUCAUCAAGAAGCUUGUAGCCGACUGCCCGGACCAGAUACGAGACUAUGCCCUUUCCUAUCGCGCGAACAAAGUGAACCUGUGCCUGCCCAACCGGAACGGGGAAUGGGCUUUGGCAGACAAGGCUAUCCGGAAGAAUAUCUCCCGUUUGAAGGCGGAGGCAUUGAGUCCAGAGGCCUAUAAGGAGCUAGAUACUCACGACGAGGCGCUCUAUCAUUUCUACAGGUCUUAUCAGGAAGAGCUACUUCGACAAGGCGGUCUCGACUACGAUGACCUGCUUUUCUACUCGUUCAAACUCCUGUCCACGAAUAGAUGCUGGUCCCACAUAAAGCACGUCAUGGUCGAUGAGUUUCAAGAUACAAAUAGCAUUCAGUUAGAACUGAUGUAUUUGCUUUCACGAGGAAGACACCAGUCAUGCGAAGGAGUCACCGUUGUGGGCGACCCCGAUCAGAGCAUCUAUGCAUUCCGUUCCGCCUUAGCGCGGAACUUCGAAGAGAUGAUACAGAAAUGCCCAAUUGAGUAUGGCCAUGUAGUACUCGAGGAAAAUUACCGUUCGACACAGAAUAUCUUGGACACGUCGGAGCAUGUAAUAAAGCAGCAGUCGGAUGGUAGAACCUUUAGACUGCCGUUGAAGGCACAGUUUUCAUAUGAUCUUAAACCAGUAUACAUGAAGUUCCCUGAUAGGUUCUUGGAAGGCCCCACAAUCUGUAAAGAAAUCCUGUACCUGAAGGCCAUACCUGGAUUGUUUUCCUAUGAUGAUUUUGCCAUCCUAGUCAGACAAAGGCGACAGAUUGAACCUCUGGAACGCGCUCUAAUAGAUCACCGCAUUCCAUAUAAAAUUGUGAAAUCCGUAUCAUUUUGGGAAAGGAAGGAAACCAAGGCAAUACUAGACCUCAUUAAAAUUGUAUGCUCAGAUGUUGACAGAUAUGCGAUCAUACGAUCGCUAAAAUAUCCCUCGAAAGGUCUUGGCGAUGUUGCUAUUUCACAGUUUGAGAAAGCAUUUGAUGAAGAGCCUAACCGGCCUCCGCUUGAGAUCUUGAGGCUUUUUAGCAACACUGCGAAGGGUGACAAGUUAAGCUCAAAAGGGCGGCUUGCAGUUCGUCAGUUUAUUGCAUUGAUGGAUAAAGCCAGGGAAAUAUGUGAUGAAAAUCCUACAUUAUCAACUAGAGAGCAAUUAUUUGAUUACUUAUAUGAUGCAUCUGGCCUAAAGAACGAAUUUCUCUUUGAAGAUGAUAAGGGAGAUAGGAAGACGAAGGGAUUGGGGGAUUCCGAUCCUAAUAACGAGAAUAAAAGACAUCGGAACAUACAGCUUGUCAGGUCCCACUUUCUGGCCUUUAUACCUGAAGAUAUGGAUCCGAAAUACACUAUCCACCUGAAUCCUAAAACGCAUGAGCCUUGCGCUGUUGAUACUCCCGUAAUAAAGAAAGACCACAAAACACAGUGGGCUACAAAUGCGAGAGCUUCGAGUUGUGAAAACACGAAUUCUAAUAGCGAGAAGGACAAAGAGGAUAAUAAAUCACUCCCUGAAGAUACCAAGAUUGAUAUCUAUAACCUUCUUCGGAGAUUUAUUAAUUUUAUCAACUUGUAUACGACGACUGAAGCCAUCGAUCCCAAGGGUCUCACAAAGGCACAACAGCAAGCUAACGAACUACGGGCGAAGAAUGGGGUUGUGACUAUAACAACUAUUCAUGGUUCAAAGGGGCUUGAAUGGCCAAUCGUUUUUAUUCCUGGUUGCGUAGAAGGUAUAAUCCCAUGCGUUUAUGCAAACUCGAAGGAUGAAGAGUCUGAUGAUGACGAUGAAAACGGGGAAGGGCAUGAAACUGAAGAAAUUCCAAAUAACGACGCAAAUAGCCCAAAGAAAAACAAAUCAAAAGCAAAUGAGGGUCUUGAUGAGGAGAGGAGGAUGUUUUUCGUCGCAUUGACCAGGGCAAAAUAUUUACUGUACAUCAGUGCAACAGAAAAUACCGAAAGAUAUCCAAUUGUCCCAAGUCAGUUUUUGACACCUGAAGUGUUAGUUACACUGACUAGUGCCCAGCAAUUGUUUGACAAUGUUGGUUUCAUAGACGCGUUCUACAAGGCUCUUAACAGGACACGGCCAAAUACUCUUACGUUCAAACUCGAAAAACUAUUAGAUGAUUACCGGACUUUUGUUACAGGCAAUAGGGAGUUUUUAAUUUGGAAGAACGAACGUGUGAUGCAUGUAAGUAAUGUAGAUUUUACCGAAAAUGUGGGGAAAGCAGCCCUUCCACUUGGUUUCACUACAGCUUCGAUGCAUCUUCACUCCUUGGAUUAUAAAAACAAUGUUGUUAACUCGGCGAAAAGUGCCAACCGCAACUUAGCACCAAGGCCUCAACCAACGAAUAACGCUACUGGUCGAAAGUUCGCACCUUCUAAGGUACCAUCAGCGAAGGGAAACGCUCCAGCGGUUAAACAGUUUGCUCCAAAAUCAGGUGAGAGAGUUAGUUUGAGCCCGACUAGAACCGCUUCGAAAGCACCAAAACCGCAUGAAAAUAUCAGUCUGAGCCCUACAAGGCGUCCACUAAAUGCUCCAAAAUCGGAGUUCGAUCAGCCAAUGUCCAUUCCUCAAUCCCCAAAACGCGAAACUGCUAUAAAACAAGAAGAAAGCGAAGCUCCCGAGGCUCGAAGCAUUAAGGAACGUACAAGAUCAUUGGCUGUUGUGCCAACAAAUAAUCAGCAUCGUAUUAUCGCGCACGCCAUUAAGUUAGAGGACUUUUCCGACGAUGAAGAGACUACAAAGGUGAAAAUAAAGUGCGAUGAUGAAAUUACUGCCGCCCAGUUACUUCAUAAUCCAGAUGAUCUGAGGGUUGACAAUCGACCAAUCUUGACAAAUGCGAAGGUUUUGGCGGAUGCCUCCAGAGAUGAGGCGGCUAAGCGAGCUGGCUCGAGGCGGAAAGUCAAGAAAGGCACCGAUGAAUGCCAACCUGGUGAGGAUAUCUUAUCGAGAUUGAAGCGGGCUCGUAAAAGCUCGCCAAGCAUAAAUGAUGAGGUAAUUGUCUUAGAUUAG